AUGCUUUACUUGAUCUUGUCACUAGUCAUUUUCUUGGUGUUGGUCCGCUUAAGAAGACAAGCAAAUGUCGUAGCCUUCUUUCAUCCAUAUUGCAAUGCGGGAGGCGGAGGCGAGCGUGUGUUGUGGUGUGGAAUCAGUUCAUUACAGAAAAAGUUCCCGUCCAAGAACUAUAUCGUGUUCACCGGGGAUCGGGAUGCUACGAAAGAACAAAUCUUGCUGAAAGCUAAACAGAGAUUCGGAAUUGAAAUCGACCCUGAUAACAUCACCUUUGAAUAUUUGAGAUUGCGUCGAUUAGUCGAAGCCGAUCUAUAUCCUCGAUUCACUCUCCUUCUCCAAACUAUUUUUGGUUUCGUCCUAGGAUUCGAAGCUCUUCUCAAAGUCAAUCCUGAGGUAUUCAUUGAUAGUAUGGGCUAUCCGUUCACUCUGCCACUUUUCAAGUUCAUCGGAGGGUGCAAAGUUGCUGCUUAUGUUCAUUAUCCCACUAUAUCAUGUGAUAUGAUUGACUUAGUGGAACGUCGUCAAGAAUCAUACAAUAAUUCCGAGCUUAUUGUGAGAUCUUCAAUUCUGAGUAAACUCAAAUUGCUCUAUUAUAAAAUAUUCGCCUUGGUUUACGGAUUAGCCGGAAAAGCGGCUGAUGUUGUUAUGGUGAAUGGAAGUUGGACAUGUGAGCACAUCAAACGGUUAUGGGGAGUAUCUCCUGUCGUAGUCUUCCCCCCAUGUGACGUUUCCUCAUUUCUGAUGUUGGAGCAAAACGCGGAAACAUGGUUCGCUUCCGAUAAUGUUGUUCGAAUUGUUUCUGUUGGUCAAAUAAGGCCAGAGAAGAAUCAUCGUCUGCAAUUGGAAGUUCUGAAAGAUGUGAAGGCUUUCGCGGAGCAACGUAAUCUCAAAGUUCAACUAGCUAUAGCUGGAGGAUGUAGAGGCGCUGAAGAUGAACAGCGCGCACGCGAUUUGAAGGCUUAUGCCAAAGAGUUGGGUGUCGAGUCUGAUGUUGAUUUUCUUCUCAACAUCUCCUUUGAUGACCUUUUAGACACCAUGGGUAAAUCAUUGAUUUCCAUCCACACAAUGACGAAUGAACAUUUCGGAAUCUCUGUAGUGGAAGGGCUUGCUGCAGGAACCAUAAUGGUUGCUCACAACUCAGCUGGACCAAAAAAGGAUAUCGUGGUUAAGGAUACGAAAAAGAAACAACAAGUUGGGUACUUGGCGGAUACAAGAGCAGACUAUGUGAAGAGUAUAGAAGAAAUCCUAUCAAAAUCUGUAAAUGAAAGAAAUGCUAUACGUGAGGCAGCUCGCGAUUCUACUAAAAGAUUUUCAGAAAAUAUAGCCAUGAAGCUCUAUUCUAUUAUGGUUUACCACAAAAGUCCAGAGGGAACUGUUCGUCCCUUCAAGGCUCAAUAUGACCUUUCCUCCUUCGGGUUCUUCCAAAGAGGCUCUGUCCAGGAGUUUAUGUUAUUCACAGGAAGACUUCUUGUAGAGAGAUCUGGAAUGGGUGCUCGCAGUAGUGUCAAGGAGAAUGAAUACUAUCUUCACUGUUAUGUUAGAGCUGAUGGUUUAGCUGCAGUGAGUGUUACAGAUGCUGAAUAUCAAGCACGUGUAGCCAUGUCUUUCAUGACACGAGUUUUGGAUGAUUUCACUGCCAAGGUCCCUUCUGUCCAAUGGAAGCAAAUCCAGACUGAAAAAGAUUGUACCUACGCUGGAUUGGAAGAUCUGUUAAAGAAAUGGCAAACUCCCCGUGAAGCUGACCCUAUGACUAGAGUUCAAGAAGAAGUUGAAGAAACGAAAAUAGUUAUGCACAACACCAUCCAAUCUGUUCUGGACCGCGGAGAGAAACUAGACGACUUGGUCAAGAAGAGUGAGAAUUUAUCCGACCAAUCGAAACUGUUCUACACCCAAGCCCGGAAAAUGAACAAGUGCUGUAACUACGUUUAG